ACACCAAUACCAACUUUUAUGUAACCAGCACACAAUAAUAAUAGUAGGAAGUAAAAAUACAGAAGGGACAAAUAAACAAAAAAAUAAAUAAAAAGAAGGAAGGAGAAAAAAAAGCACCCCCACCUCCUUUGCUUCUUAUUUUUCAAGACUCCUCUCACCUUACCUAACUGCUUAAAAAGGACGGCGCACCCAAACCCUCUUUCCAGAUACUGAGUUCCAACAAAGGGUCACUUUAUAAUGGUGAGAUGAGCUUGUCCCGCUACAGCACCUGCUCUAUACACGAUAAAGAGGAGAGGAGAGGAAGAGAGGGGUUGAAGGAAAAACAACACGACACCAAGAGAGAGAGAGAGAGAGAGAGAGAGAGAGAGAGAGAGAGCGAGAGAAAUGGAGUCUAGGGUGGUUCGGACCCUCCUUCUGGUGGCAUGUUUGCUUCCUGCUCUGGUUGAAUGCAGAGUUCGCCAUUACAAGUUUAAUGUUGUGGUCAAGAAUACAACGAGGCUGUGUCAGACGAAGCCCAUCGUGACGGUGAACGGCGGUUUCCCGGGGCCGACUGUGUACGCAAGGGAAGGCGACAAUGUGCUCGUCAAGGUCGUAAACCACGUCAAAUACAACUUGUCCAUCCAUUGGCAUGGGAUUCGGCAGGUGCGGACUGGUUGGGCAGAUGGGCCGGCUUACAUUACACAGUGCCCCAUCCAGACCGGCCAAACCUACACAUACAACUUCACCAUCACUGGUCAGAGGGGCACAUUGCUAUGGCACGCUCACAUCCUCUGGCUACGCGCCACCGUCCACGGCGCCAUUGUCAUCCUUCCCAAGCGUGGUGUCCCUUACCCCUUCCCCAAACCCCACAAGGAAGUCGUCGUCAUUCUCGCGGAAUGGUGGAAUUCAGAUGUCGAAGCAGUGAUAAAUACCGCCAUGAAGUCUGGUGCGGCGCCGAACGUCUCUGAUGCCCACACCAUUAACGGCCAUCCUGGCCCCUUAUCCAACUGCUCUUCACAAGGAGGAGGUGGCUUCAAAUUGGAGGUGGAGAGCGGGAAGACGUAUCUGCUGAGAAUCAUCAAUGCUGCACUCAAUGAGGAGCUCUUCUUUGGUGUGGCUGGCCAUCCCCUCACCGUUGUGGAGGUCGACGCCACGUACAACAAGCCAUUCACCACCACAACGGUACUCAUAGCUCCUGGCCAGACCACCAAUGUCCUCCUCAAGGCCGAUAAGUCAGGAGGCCGCUACAUUGCUGCUGCAAGUCCCUUCAUGGAUGCCCCCAUCGCUGUCGACAAUGCCACUGCCACUGCCCUUCUCCACUACACAGACACCCCUUCCUCUUCCUCUGUGAGCACAACAUUCGUCUCACUUCCCCCUCUCAAUGCCACACCCGUCGCUUCCAAAUUCAUGGACUCCCUCCGCAGCCUCAAGAAGCCACCAAGCUCGAGCCUUCCGCGCCACAGCCGUGUGGACCACUCCCUCUUCAUCACCGUCGGGUUGGGUAUUUUCCCCUGUCCCACCUGCACCGCGAACAAUGGUAGCAGGGUCCUGGCAGCCAUGAACAACAUCAGCUUUGUGAUGCCGACCUUCAACCUCCUCCAAGCCCACUACUUCAACAUCUCCGGUGUCUUCACAGAUGACUUCCCCGCCAAACCCCCCACCCCCUUCAACUACACCCAGAACCCGACCCCACAGAACACGAGCAUUGUCCUCUCCAACGGAACCCGGUUGUACAGGCUCCCCUUCAAUUCCAGCGUGCAGGUCGUGCUCCAGGACACGGGCUUCAUUUCUCCUGAGAACCACCCUGUCCACCUCCAUGGCUUCAACUUCUUCGUGGUCGGAAGGGGCAUCGGAAACUUCGACCCCAAGAAGGACCCCGCCAAGUUCAAUCUGGUGGACCCCGUCGAGAGGAACACUGUCGGUCUGCCUUCCGGGGGAUGGACCGCUUUCAGGUUCAUAGCUGACAAUCCAGGAGUGUGGUUCAUGCAUUGCCACUUAGAAAUUCACACCACAUGGGGGCUGAAGAUGGCUUUCGUGGUGGAUAACGGCAAAGGCCCAAACCAGUCCCUCUUACCUCCUCCCCCCGAUCUCCCUAAAUGUUAAUUUACAAGAGACCCAAUCCCUCCAAGAGGAAGGCGUAUGUAUGAAAAUAAAAACGGGCAAAAGGAGUGAGCAACAUACAAGAGUUUUGCCCAAAAAAGGAGGGACUCUUUUUUUGGCAUGUUAGAUAUAUUCAUACAUAUUUUUCCGACGAAUGUCUUCUGAGAUCAUCCAUAUCCAAUAUAUAUAUAUAUAUUUUUUUAUUUUUUUUAUUUUUUUUUUAAUAUCAUUUUGGAUCACCCAUAUGAGCUCAAAUGUAGAUGUGUAACAACCCCAUCAUAUUAAGGGAGACAUGCAAAACACUUUCUUUCUACUUUUGGAGUUAGUUUAUGUAUCAAAUUGUGAGAAUGUUUUCAAUGAUAUUACAAACCAUUUCAAUC